AUGUCUUUCACAGAUGCUGCGACAACAUUGCGAAGCCUUCCUGCACGUGACAACGUCGCUCCAGUGAAUGCGACGUCUUCGACAAAAGCGGCCGAGUCCCGGAUACUGGGUGGUAGCUACGCACCAGAGGGCGCUUUCCCCUACCAGAAUGGGCCCACUACAGAGCAGCUGAAGUACGUGACGGUGAACGUGACAGACACAGCGGUUUGCCGCACGAGGCUGCUCGUACUGGAAGGAAUGCUGUGUGCUGGAGGGAUGGGGAACGAAGACUCCUGCCAGGGAGAUGGUGGUGGGCUACUCGUGUGUAACGGUUCACUUGCCGGAGUCGUCAGCUUUGGCUACUACUGCGGUCUGCCAGGCUACCCUAGCGUGUACACCGACGUGUCCAAAUACGGCGACUUCCUCAACCAUUCGCUGACAGAGCCGGUGUCGCCUCAAUGA